CGAUACAUACCCAGACACAUCAAUCGCACAUGGCCACACCCGCACCGCAACGAGGAUGCCAAGGCAACUAACCACCCACUCACGCACCAGCACAUACCAUACACCCAACCCAUCAGUCAGCAGAAGCCUCCAAUCAGUAGCAGGCAGCUGCCGAGCUCCACGGCUGUGGAUGUGUGCCGACCGAAUCACCUCCGCCCACGACGGACCGAUCGUGAAGACGAGCUGCACACACACACAGACGCUUACAGCACACUCACUCUGCUUGUGCCCUCUCUGUCCACCCACGUGUGUAGGUACGCACCUUCUGGAGUCCGAGCUGCUCGAGCCGGAGCUGCUGCUGGACGACGGACUGCGGCCGCGACGGCCAGCACCCCUGACAGAUAGAUGACACACAUACAUAUCCAGCCCGAUAGCUUCCCAUUUCACUGUGCUCACCGUCUGGGUGGCGUGCCUCUGCGUCGAGGACCGCGGCCAGGACUGUCCGAUGGGCUGCGAUCUCUGCAGCCAGGCGACACCAGACACACACACACACACACAGAGCGAGAGAGAGCAUUGCUGCUAGCCGUCGGUCGGCCUUGGUGUGUGCACGUGCUUAGCAUACCUCCGUCGGUUGGGUGGCGGCCGCCGGGGAGAGCGGGACCGCACAGGGGACCUGACAUCAACACAACAACACAACACGAUCACAGACAGUAAUGUAACAUACACACAUCGUAGAGAUAGAUGGGCCUCAGCUGAUGUUGUGACUUAACGUACCGUCUCCGCUGUGGUGGCGGCGACCUCUCCCUCCGCCUGGGUGGCGACCGGUCCCGAUCCCUCUCGUCCCGCCCCCUCCCCCGCCCGCGGUCUCGAUCUGCCAGCCGCCCGCGGUCCCUCUCCUCAUCCUUCUUGUCCUCCCUCUCAACACCACGGCCCUUGGUCGUACUGGGCGACACACCUUUGUCACCCUCCUUGGUGUCCACUUCCAUCGGUUUGGUCCCGGUCCCAUUGGUGGACACCUCGGGCGCCUGUUGCUGCUGUUGCUUGCUGGAUGGCGGGUGCUCCUUGGAGGCGGCAUGUCUGGGGGACGUCUGGCCGGCGGGCAGCAGGAUGAACUCGACCUUGAUGGGAUUGCCGUCUAUCUGACCCUGAGCCAUACCAUACAUGUCACGACACACACACACACACACACAUGCAGGGAGAUGGAUAGCUCGAUGUGUGUGACAUGGUCUGGUCACUGACUGACCCCGUUGAGCAUGUCUUUGGCCUCGAGUGCGGCGUCUCGCUUGUCAAACUCCACGUACGCAUAUCCCUUGGGAAGGUCCACCUGCACGCACACACACAGCCACCAGCCAAGCCAGAUCAGCCAGCCACAUGCGCCAUCAUCGUUCGUCCUUCACGCCGACAAAUGCAUGUGUUGUGCGUGUGGCCGAUGGCGCACCUGUUUGUCAACAGCGAUAGUGACGUUCUUGAUGUCGCCGUAGUUGCCGAAUAUCUCCUUGAGGUGCUCAUCGUUGACGUUGCGCGAGAGGUUGCUCACGUUCAGAAUCGUGUCAUUGGUCGCUCCAUCCCUCUCCUUGCCACGCUGCUCACGCGACGACAUGGCAAGAACCGUUUCUUUUCCCUCCUCCUCGUCCCCUCACCACAAGGUCGUCGUACGUAUUGCCGACGACGAGGUGCGCCCGAGGCGGCGGCUUACCCAAUAAUACAACUCAUAGCUCAAUCGCGAGCUGGAAACAGUU